AUGGACGGAUAGAUAGAUGGGGCGACAGAUAUUUCAAUUUAAUAUUAAACUUUACAGUAUUCAAGUAGAGAGCCAUCACGACGCACAACAAAAGAAGAACGGAACGCUGCGAAUUUUGACAAAAAAAAAAUACAAAAAAUAAAAAAGAGUGAUAACACAAAUUUCAUACGUUUCGAAAAAUAAAAAUCCCAUUUUGAAUUGAAAAUAAAACUAAACUAAAUAAAAAUUUCAAAAAAAAGAGAAAACCCCGCACACACAGCAACAAUAUCAAUAAGUUAGCAAAAUAUCCAUACAUAUAUAAAAAUGAAUCUUGUUCUGCUGUGAGAAAAAGUAAUAUCUGAAAUACAAACACACACGUAUAUAUAUUUAACGGCAUAAGAAAAAAAUCUCAAAACAAAAAAAAUAUUGUCAAUGAUCCUCAACACAAGUGGAUAAAGUUUAUUUUUAUUGAAAACAAAAAAUAAAAUUGAAAAAAAAAAGAAACGAAACAACAACACCAAUACCCAAAAAAAGUAAAUCGCACCAAAAGACAAUCAUCAACACACCAGCUCUGUGACAAACGACGUCAAAUAUUGUUGUCGUUUUUGUUGUUUUUGGUGGAAAAUUUGAAAAGAAAUUGAAAAAAAUCACACAAUUUGGGUAUUUCUACUAAAUCCCCUAGAAUUUAAAGUAACGCCUGACGUAAACGCCCCUCCAGCCAGCCUCAAGAUGAACGACAUUAGCAUUAUUUUGAUUUGUUUGAUGUCCCUGCCGUUCAUACUCUUCAUAAUGAGAAUUGCCAUUUUAACAUACAAAUACUUUUUAAUGUCACGUCAAUUGAAGGCCGUGGAACAACAAUCGGCCCGUCAAAACCGUCAAAAUGCUCAAAGCGGUUACAUGAACACGAACUCCACUCUAAACAUACACGAAGAGACCUGCUGUAAUGCGGCGCCCACAAAGAGUCCCGGAGAUUGUCCCCCAGCUUAUGAUGACAUAAUACCGGCGGCGGCAGGAGGAGCUGCAACAAGUGAAAAUGGUCCAAACAAUACUGGCAUUGCCACCAUAACCAUUGAAAAUACUGGCGCCGUUAAUGCCUCAACAAAUCAGGCUGCUGGAGCUACUGCUGCUGCAACGGCCAGUGGAACCCCGGCAACAACAGUUAUCGAUAUUGUGGCCAACGAAAAGACAAAUCCAAACAACGCUGUAUAACAUUUGGAUGAAAAUGUCCUUUUUAGUUUUUCUUUCUUUCUUUGGAAUAUCUAGAUGACAGUCCAACCAUUUCUGGCAUUUAUCAUUCAUCCAACUCCUUAUUGGCUUAAUAUUAUUAUGAUAAUCUAAUAAAUUAUAUUUUUUGGUUUUGUUUUUCUCUUGGAUUUCGAUAGUAGCAUUACAAUAACAACAACA